AUGGAGACCCCCGCCGCCCCCGCGCCGCCCACCGCCGAGAGCCCCUCGUCCGCCCGCGGCGGCGCCCAGCGGCCUGGGACGCCCGGCUGGCGCGAAUGCCUGCGGCCUCUGCGGGGCGCGCUGCCGCCCGACGUGGGGCGCGAGGCGGCGGAGCUGGCGGCGCUCGCGGGCCCAGUGUUCCUCGCGCAGCCGCUGAUCUUUCUCAUCAGCCUCGUCAGCUCCGUAUUCUGCGGACACCUGGGCAAGGUCGAGCUGGAUGCGGUGACGCUUGCUGUCUCGGUUGUGAAUGUUGCUGGGAUUUCCAUUGGAACCGGCUUGGCCUCCGCUUGUGACACGCUCAUGUCUCAGUCCUUUGGAGCCAAGAACCUAAAACGUGUGGGGAUCGUCCUUCAGAGAAGCAUCCUCAUCCUGAUGCUGUGCUGCUUUCCGUGCUGGGCCCUCUUCCUCAACACCGAGAGCCUUCUCCUGCUCCUGAAGCAAGACCCCGAGGUCUCCAGGAUAGCCCAGAUCUGUGUGAUGAUUUUAAUCCCUUCUCUUCCGGCCACAUUCCUGUUCCAGCUGCAGGCAAAAUAUUUACAAAGUCAGGGCAUCGUCGCGCCUCAAGUGGUCACCGGCAUUGCAGCGAACGUCCUCAACGUGGGCACGAAGGCCCUCCUGCUGUACGCCCUGGACUUGGGAGUGGAAGGAUCUGCCUGGGCGAAUACCACCUCCCAGUUCUUCCUGUCCGCUUUUCUGUUCCUGUACGUGUGGCGGAAAAAAAUCCACGUCAGCCCCUGGGGAGGUUGGACCAGGGACUGUUUCCAGGAGUGGGGCUCCUUCAUCCAGCUGGCCAUCCCCGGCAUGUUCAUGGUGUGCACUGAGCGGUGGACCUUUGAGGUCGGAACCUUCCUUGCAGGAUUGCUGAGCGUGACAGAGCUUGGAGCCCAGGCCGUCAUUUAUGUACUGGCUUCUGUGGCCUACAUGGUGCCUCUAGGCCUUGGCGUGGCCGCCAGCGUCAGGGUGGGCAGCGCCCUGGGGGCAGGGGAUGCCCAGCAGGCCCAACACUCCUGUGCCACCGUCCUCCUGUGUGCAGGUGUUUGCGCACUUGUAACGGGUAUCCUACUUGCUGCUUUAAAGGAUGUGGUUGCCUAUGCCUUUACCAGUGACAAAGCUAUCGUGUCCCUUGUGAGCCAGGUGAUGCCCGUUUUUGCUCCCUUUCAUCUGCUUGAUGCACUUGCGGGCACCUCUGGUGGAGUCCUGAGAGGUGCAGGAAAACAAAAGAUGGGUGCUUUCCUGAAUGCCAUUGGUUAUUAUGUUUUUGGUUUUCCCCUUGGAGCAUCUCUGAUGUUUGCUGCUAAUCAUGGGAUAAUAGGUCUCUGGUCCGGAUUGACGCUCUGUGUCUUCUUUCAAACCCUCUUCUACUUGGUGUACGUCUGGAGGAUGAACUGGACCAGAGCGGCAGAGCAGGCACAGGCUCGAGCCGGGCUGAGAGGGACGGAAGAGGCCGUGCCCACUGCAAUAGGUCUGUCCAUCCUAGAAAAAGAGGUAGCCGAUGGGGUGAUUCUACCUGACGUCAUCCGACCUGAGAGCCAGACCACGCAGCUGGUGGAGGAGAACAGCUCGUGUGGGGUGGCCACCAUCGGGGAGGUCUUGACGGGGACCCAGCUGCUUUUGUAUCGCGGGGUGGCUGUAGUUUUAGCUUUUGCUGUCCUGGUAGCAGGAAUUUUAAUAAGAGUUUUCACUGACCGUGGCUGAAACGGAAUCACCCCAGCCCACAAACUAGCAGUGACAACGACAUGCCCCACGGGAAGCAUGGGAAGUGACCCUGGUCACCGGGACAGUGGUUUCGCUGUCAAUUGUGGAAAGGAUACCAGUGAUGUGUGCUUAGUUAUUCUGAGUUUGCACCAUCUUACUGCUUACUGAAGAUCAAGAAAAGAGUUAUAAUUUUUUUUUUUUUUGGCGGUACGCGGUUCUCUCACUGUUGUGGCCUCUCCCGUUGCGGAGCACAGGCUCCGGACGCGCAGGCUCAGCGGCCAUGGCUCACGGGCCCAGCCGCUCCGCGGCAUGUGGGAUCUUCCCGGACCGGGGCACGAACCUGUGUCCCCUGCAUCGGCAGGUGGACUCUCAACCACUGCGCCACCAGGGAAGCCCAAGAGUUAUAAUUUUAAGUGAACUUUCCUCCCAAACGUUAACUCUAUCAUGGUUUUUAAAUCUGCAAAUUUGGUUUUCCCGGCUCGAAGCGUUCUUUAUGCCGUCGUAUAUUUAAUAUCUUUCGUCUUCCAGGAAAGCAGGUCCUCUAACAUUAACUGCUGGUCAUGUCUUUGUGUCUCUCUGUUAACGUGUUCAGUCUUGUCCAGUCCCAGGUAGUGCCGUGUAAGCUUUUAUAAAAUAAACACUUUAAAACGUGUGCUCAGACUAUUUCUACCUAUAUGAUAACUUGUAGCUUAUUGCCUUUUAAAUUUUUGUUAAACUUAAUUAAAAAAUAAAUCUGUGUUCUCUCCUGCAGCUCAGCCCCCAGAUGCCAGCAGGUAUGGCUGCCCCUCUCGAUGGAGAUUUUUAGAGCCUUUUGUAGGGAAUCUGACCAACCCAAAUAGGAAAU